GUACAUAUGUAAAUUAAUAUUCAAGGCUACCAUCCUUAGAGACCCUUUAAUUCUUUCAAUUUACAUUGUGAUAGAUUUUUUUAUUGCACUUUUAAGUUGGUAAGGAAAAAAUGAAAUUGAUGCACCGGUCUACCCUCCUGAAUUUUACUAUAUUUGUGAUUUAAAUAGAAUCAUAAAACAACGAAUUAAACUGUAAAUAAUAAAACAAUGUAAAAUUGCUUUCUCAUUUAAGUUUUUUUGCUCUAUUUUUUCUACUUCUUUGUGACAAAUCUGUACUUUUUUAAAGGUCUGUAGACCUCAGACAUGAAACAUAACAUAACCUCUAUAAGUGACAUAAUUAACCUCAAAAACACUUGCAAAAUGCUCGUCUAAUUACUUAGUUAAUUCAUGCUUAUUCGCAAAUUUUAUAAUGAAGAUAAGUAGUGUUUUUUAAAAUUUAGUUAUUCUAAAGUCCAAUAAUGUUCAGUCGACGUGUAUCGAAGUUUUUAAUCAACGUGAACCGGUAUUUACAUACAUCAAAGAAUUGCAAAAAGGAAUUUGAACACCCUCUUUUGAGAACACUUAGAAUUUUGAAAGAAGAUUUUUAUCGAAUUGAAGGCGCUUCCAAGAAUGAACGCGAGAAACAACGUGCCCUCAUGGGCCUUUUCCCUAGACAUGCUGAUGUUCUGAUCAUUGGUGGAGGAGCAAUUGGCUCUUCUAUUGCUUACUGGUUAAAAGAAAAAACUAGUAGAGAGGGCAUAAGAGUUGUGGUUAUUGAAAAAGACAUGACGUAUUCAAAAUGCACCACCGUAUUGUCACCAGGAGCAUUACAUCAACAGUUUUCUUUGCCUGAAAAUAUACAAAUGUCACUCUUCGGAGCUGACUUUCUUAGAACAAUUAAAAAAAGAUUUGGGAAAGGGGCUCAUGUUCAGUUUCACCCACAGGGGCAUUUGGUUUUGGCAGAUGAAGUAGGUGCUCAACAACUUGUUGAUAAUAGUUUGAUAGAGAGAGAAUUUGGUGUUAUUAACGAGUUACUAAGUAAAGAACAACUUAAAAAUAAGUUUCCUUGGAUGAACGUUGAAGAUGUGGAAUUAGGUUGUUUAGGGCUAGAAAAACAAGGCUGGUUUGACCCUUGGGCUUUGCUCUCAGUAAUGCGAUACGGUGCUACUGAUUUGGGAACUCAGUACAUAGAAGGAGAAGUUGUUGAUUUCCUUUUUAAAGAUAAGCAAGAAUAUAUUGGGGAGGGUAUGGAAGAUACUUCAUACGAAGCUGUCCGAGAAGCAGUGAUAAAACUACCAGAUGGCCAACACAAAACCAUCGAGUUCGCCUACUGUAUUAUAGCUGCCGGCACUGAAACCCUGGAAUUAUCGCAACUUGCCAAGAUUGGAAAGGGACCAGGCAUGUUAUCAAUACCGCUUCCAAUUGAAAAGAGAAAAAGAUAUGUUUAUAAAUUUGACUGUCCAGAAUCACCUCCCGGAAUUAAUACUCCUAUGACGGUCGAUCCCUCAGGACUGUAUUUCCGUCGACAGGGUCUCGGCGGUUCUUUCCUAUGUGGCUUAUCACUGCCAGAAAAGUGUGAAGAGUCCCCACAAAAUUUUUUUGAUCACCAAAUUUUGCCCGUAUUACAAAACCGAGUACACAAAUUUUGCGAUAUUAAACUAACAAAUUCAUGGUGUGGAAAUUAUGAAAAUAAUUAUUUUGACGAUAGUGGAAUAAUAGGACCUCAUCCCUACUACCACAAUUUGUAUAUUGCAACAGGUUUUAGUGCUUACGGCAUUCAACAAGCACCAGCGAUUGGUAGAGCUGUAGCCGAGCUUAUUAUAGAUGGUGACUUCAAAACCAUCGAUUUGACUAGGUUUGGCUUUGACAGAUUUAUUGUAGAUAAGCCAAUGUACGAAUAUAGACAAAUUCAAUAAAAAGAACAUUUGAAAAUGAAA